AUGGGCUUUGAAAUCAAAAGGUUUCAAGGUGACGUCGACGAAGAGCUUAUUUGUCCCAUUUGUUCGGGAGUGUUAGAGGAUCCUUUACAGGCACCAGCUUGCGAGCAUGCAUUCUGUCGUGCCUGCAUAACAGAGUGGAUUAGUCUACAACCGACUUGUCCAGUUGAUCGGCAGGCGGUGACCGCAAGCCAACUAAGACCUGUUCCAAGAAUACUACGUAAUUUGUUAUCCAGACUAUGCACAAGCUGUGAUAAUGCUCCUCAUGGAUGUAAUACUGUUUUAAAAUUAGACUCUCUGGCAUCACAUUUAGUUGAAUGCGAAUUUAACCCUAAAAGGCCGAUGCCGUGCGAGGCGGGCUGCGGUCUAGUUAUACCAAAGGACGAACUAGCGGAACACAAUUGCGUGCGAGAAUUGCGCGCUCUGAUCACCACGCAACAAGGCAAGCUCACAGACUUCCAGCAGGAGUUGACUGAACAGAGGCUGGUCAUAAAUGAGCAUAAACGAGAAUUGGCGCUACUUAAGGAGUUCAUGCGGGCGAUGCGGGUGUCCAAUCCAACGAUGCGCGCGCUGGCCGACCAGAUGGAGCGCGAGGAGGUGGUCCGCUGGGCGGGGUCGCUGGCGCGCGCGCGCGUCACGCGCUGGGGCGGCAUGAUCUCCACGCCGGAUGACGCCCUGCAGGUGAUGAUGAUCAAGCGAAGUUUAUCGGAGUCAGGCUGUCCACCGCACAUCAUAGAUGACCUUAUGGAAAACUGCCACGAAAGACGGUGGCCCCCUGGUCUAUCUUCCUUAGAAACAAGACAAAAUAAUAGAAGGUUAUAUGAAAAAUAUGUGUGUAAGAGAGUUCCAGGAAAACAAGCAGUGCUCGUCUUGCAAUGCGAUAACACACAUGUGGAUGAACACAUGAUGGUGGAACCAGGACUUGUUAUGAUAUUUGCUCACGGUAUCGAA